AAAUUAAAAUAAAAAGUAUAAUAUCUCAAGAAAAAAUCAAAAUCGUUGAGAAGAAAAAGAGAAGAACCAUAUUUGAAGAAGAGAACGAGUUGACUCAGUGAAAAAUCAAGAAAUGGGAGAAGAAGCGACACGAGUUAUGAUUGGAGUGAACGAGUCAAGCUUGAAGGGUUAUCCUCAUCCUUCAAUCAGUAGCAAAGGUGCUUUCGAUUGGACCGUUUCCAAAAUCAUUCGUAACAAUGUUUCUGCUUUUCAUCUUCUUUUUCUUCAUGUUCAAGUUCCUGAUGAAGACGGUUACGAUGAUGUGGAUAGUAUCUAUGCAUCGGGUGAAGACUUUAAGAACAUGAAACAGCAAGAAAAGGCUAGAGGGACUCAUCUGCUGGAAUACUUUGUCAAUAGGUGUAACGAAAUUGGGGUGACCUGUGAAGCAUGGAUAAAGCAGGGUGAUCCCAAAGAAGUGAUAUUGAAUGAGGUGAAACGGGUUCGUCCAGAUUUACUAGUUGUUGGAAGCAGAGGUCUUGGACCUUUCCAAAAGGUUUUUGUUGGCACUGUUAGUGAAUUUUGUUGGAAGCAUGCUGAAUGCCCUGUCAUGACUAUCAAACGCAAUGCAGAUGAAACUCCAAGGGACCCUGUUGAUGACUAGUAUUUCGACAUUGGAUAUAGAUUACCUGUGUUUGUGGAGCUGAAAAAAUAAAAACAAAAUAUUGAACAUAAUGAAGAUUAGUGUAUGCAGUUGUUCAGUGUAGGAACAUGAGCAUGAUCUCGAACUUUUCGAGCUUUCUUGCGCUUGUUCAUUGUCUCCUUUAUUUGUAUCUGUCUGCAGUUGUUGAUUUCUUUGAAUGCAUGUACAAAGCUAUCUGCUUGUGUGGUUUGUAGUUUGUUCUCUAUCUUUUGAAAUACAAUUGUGUAAUAGCACUCAAUAAUAUACUUGUCUAUGCAUGAACUAUAUCAUUUUGGCAGGCCAAAAUCUUUGGUAGAUGCAAGAUUGCACAUGGUUAA